GAAGCUUAUGCGAUCCUUUGAUCUUUGGCCAUCUUCAUAAUCAUAUAUAUAUGUUUCUUCUUCUUGCACAUCCUCUUCAAUAUUAGAUUCUUGUAAUCUAAUAACCGACAACUACUAAACAUGUUUUCCCAGAAAAUCUUCAUUAGAUCAUUCUCUUCUCUUCUUUUUCUUCUUCUGAUUCUUCUGAGAACAUCUGUAGCUGAUGGAGAUAGCCAAAAGAAUUUCUACAUUGUUUUCUUGAGAGGUGAUCCUGCUGAUGAAAGCCCAGAAAAUAAUUUGCAGAUUGAGAGUACUCAUUUGAAUGUUCUAUCUUCUGUAAAAAGAAGCCACCAUGAAGCAAGAGAAUCGAUGGUAUAUAGCUACACAAAGAGUUUCAAUGCGUUUGCUGCAAAAUUAUCUGAGGAAGAAGCCAGAAAGUUAUCUGAAAUGGAGGAAGUUGUUUCGGUGAUUCCGAAUCGAUAUCGUGAGCUACACACAACAAGAUCAUGGGACUUCAUUGGCUUACCUUUAACUGCUAGGAGAAGAUUGAAGCUGGAGCGAGACAUUAUUGUUGGUCUUCUCGAUACAGGGGUGACACCUGAAUCAGAAAGCUUCAACGAUGAUGGGUUAGGUCCUCCACCAGCAAAAUGGAAGGGAUCUUGUGGACAUUUUGCUAAUUUCUCAGGAUGCAACAACAAGCUCAUAGGAGCCAAGUACUUCAAGCUAGAUGGCAAUCCAGACCAAGAAGACAUACUGUCUCCCAUAGAUGUGGACGGCCAUGGCAGCCACACUUCCUCAACAGCAGCCGGAAACCUAGUCCGGAACGCGAGCUUAUUCGGGCUGGCCCAAGGGACGGCUCGUGGGGCAGUGCCAUCAGCAAGAGUGGCGGCAUACAAGGUAUGUUGGGAGAGCAGUGGGUGUGCAGACAUGGACAUACUUGCAGCAUUUGAAGCAGCCAUACAUGAUGGAGUGGAUGUGAUAUCAAUCUCCAUCGGAGGAGGCGAUCCGAGCUACGAGAAGGAUUCGAUAGCGAUCGGAUCCUUUCAUGCUAUGAGAAAAGGGAUCAUCACUGUGGCUUCAGCUGGAAAUGAUGGCCCUUCUUUGGCCAGUGUUGUGAAUACUGCACCAUGGCUUUUUACUGUGGGAGCUAGUGGCAUUGAUAGGCAGUUCAUCAGCACUGUGCAGUUGGGGAAUGGAAAAAAUGUCUCUGGAAGAGGGGUGAACACUUUCAAUCCAAAGCAAAAGCAAUAUCCUCUUAUAAAUGGAGCUGAUGCAGCCGCAGCCUCGGCAAGCAAGGAAGAAGCUAGAUCCUGCUAUGAAGAUGCCUUGGACCCAAAGAAAGUGAAGGGAAGGCUUGUUUACUGCAGACCAGAUUCAUCUGGUUCGGAAUCUGUAGUGAAAGGACUCGGAGGCAUUGGAGCCAUAAUUGAGAGCGAGCAAUAUCUUGACCUUGCUCAAAUUUUCAUGGCUCCUGCUACAGCUGUUGAUACCACCAUUGGUGAAUCUAUCACUAGUUACAUAAAAUCCACCAGAUCACCAUCAGCAGUGAUAUAUAAGACCCAUGAAGUGAAGAAGUCAGCACCAUUUGUUGCUUCAUUUUCUUCUAGGGGUCCAAAUCCAGGUUCCAUUCAUAUUCUCAAGCCUGAUAUUGUAGCUCCUGGGAUCAACGUAUUGGCAUCUUAUACACUGAGGAGGUCAGUGACAGGUGAGAAAGGAGACACUCAAUUUUCAAAAUUUACACUAAUGUCUGGAACUUCCAUGGCUUGUCCUCAUGUCUCUGGAGUAGCAGCUUAUGUCAAAUCUUUUCAUCCAAAUUGGUCUCCUGCUGCUAUUAGAUCUGCCAUUAUCACUACAGCCAAACCAAUGAGCAAGAGAGUGAACACGGAAGCAGAAUUUGGUUACGGAGCAGGUCAAGUGAACCCAACAAGAGCCAAAAACCCUGGUUUAAUCUACGACAUGGACGCCCUCUCCUACCUUCAAUUCCUCUGCCACGAUGGCUACAACGGCUCCGAUCUCUCCGUCUUCACCGGCUCUCACAUCAACUGCUCCUCCAUCCUCCCCGGCCUCGGCCACGACGCCGUUAACUACCCAACCUUCCAGCUUAGCUUGCAGUCCAAGAAACCCUCCACACUCGCUGUGUUUCGAAGGACAGUCACCAAUGUAGGACCUGGUCCUGCCAUGUUUAAUGCCACCGUUACGGCUCCUAAAGGUGUGGAAGUCACGGUGAGUCCGAUGAGUCUGAGUUUCUCAAGGACGCUUCAGAAACGGAGCUUUAAGGUUGUGGUUAAGGCUAAGCCCAUGGCUAGCAUGAAGAUUGUGUCUGGUUCGCUUGUUUGGAAGAGUUCACGUUAUGUUGUUAGAAGUCCUAUUGUGGUUUAUAGUCCAUAAUGGGAAUUACGUAUUAAUUGAACAAUGUGUUAAUCAAAAUAAGUUAUAAUGCAAACAUAAUUAAAAUCA